CAAACGCCAUACCCACUCCUCUCUAUAACUCAACUCAUAUAUCAUUUUCUAAUAGUAUUAUCCUCCGGUUCAAACUUUCCCCCAGAAACAAGACUGUAGAUCUGGAUGGAGACACCAUCAUCAACGAGGAGAGUGACGAGGUCUCAAACCCUCUCUGCCAUGAAAAGCUCUGCCACCAAUCAUCUCCUAUCAUCAAAGAAACCAGAGGAGACGAAAUCAAGGCAAAGAAAUGGAGCAACACCCAAGCAAGAGAGGUCAGCGUUGUUCGACAUAACCAACGACUCGCCGAUAGUAGGACUGGCGAUGCAGAGUCCAUCUUCAGGAGUGGUUGGGAAGAGCAGAAUAAAGAGCACUCCUGGAUCUGGUGAGGCUCUCUUGAGAGGCCAAGUCAAAAACCUGUUGCAGAAGGUGGAAGAAGGAGAAGCACAUGUUAUUACAAAGAUGUCAGUUGAAUCUCGUCCCUUCAUCCAUCUCGUCACUUCUCCCAUGGGACUCCUCGCUCCGACUCCGGCCAACACCCCACAAGUUCUCGAUGGAGUGCAGGUUGUGAUCGCAUCUCCGGUUGUUUCGGAACAGCUGAGAGCAGCAGCAGCAGCACCAUCUUCUCAGGUGGACAAGAGUCCGAGCAUAACGAGGUCAUUGCUGCUGGAUUUUAGUGAUAAGUCAGAGCUAUGGGAGAGCUCAUCUGUGGUGACUCAGCAGAACCCAGAGGAUGAUAACUCCUCGGUGUGGUCGAUGCAAGUCAACGCGAGUACCAAAGACGAAGAGGAUGAUGAAGAGGAAGUGGUGUAUUCUUAUUCUUACAGGGAGGAAGAGGAAUACUACGACGAGGAGGAGGAAGGAGAUGUGGAAGGGUUAUGCGAGGGAAUGAGGAAGAUGAGGUUCGCAGGGAAGCACACUCGGUUUGUGUACGACAGUGAUCUCGAAGAGAUGGUGGAGGCUGAAGAGCAAACUCCUCCUGGACUGUUGCGUUUCAAAGUUUUCCCCACACCUACAGCAAAACAUCAUGUCAGAUUUGACCAAGACGACGACGAUGAGUGAUAUAACAACAACUCCCAUUUUCUGAGUUGUGGACAAAAAGCCUCUCAAAUGUCUCAACUUUUCAAUAUAAUUGUUUUUGUUUUGGGGCUGUUGUUACUACAUAGUUCCCAUUUCUGAUUCUUGUGCCCAUUUACUUACAUUUGGUGUUAUUUUUCAAUAACUAAAAAAGUGUAGUCGGAAUAUGACGUUUUCUUUUUAAUC